AUGGCAAAUUCUUCGCAGUCUUCUGGCCCUAGCACUACUCAAGCAGACCUUCGCCUUGAUGAACUGCUCAGGAGUCAUUUUCAGGAACAUCCACUGCCAGAGGUGACGGACGGUUAUCUGCCUGCCGGCUUCCUCGACGAGCUCGUAUGCCACCGAACCGUAAGGAAAGAGCUUGCCAUUGAGUUCGCUGAAGAGCUCGAUUCAGACGAGCUGGAUCGCUUAACAGAGAAGCUGGGGUCACUUAAGAGAUUCCUGGACCCAAAGACAGGAGUUCGGGAUGAAGACCUUCCGCUGCAAAAGGUCGACCUCGAUGAGAGGAAUAUCGACCUUCGUAAGCGUUCCGAUCCCGAGGUUCGACUUAACUGCUUUGCGGGAUGGCGCCAUAAUUCAUUGAAGUCCUUCGACGAUUGGCAAUGGACCAUGAAUGUACCAAUUUUGACGAGGGCAACCGGUUCCAAAGCACAACAUCGAAAGUUCGCCGACAGAAUCAUCUUACCGCUCAUCUCCAUGUCCAGUCCCUAUGGAGGAGGAAAUGGCGGUUACAGCGAGACAUUCAAGAUCCAAUUACACCCACGGCAUCAUGACUUCAAUUCAGCCGACCCCAAUUGUUUCUUCGCGCUGAAGAGGGUACGCUCCACCGAUACCAAGGCCUUUCAAAGGGAGCUUGAAAACUUGCGCAAGUUCGAAAACGACAAGUCGCACGAGCACCUCAUAUCUCUACUGACCACGUGGAGCCACAAGGGAUACUUUCACUUUCUCUUUCCAUGGGCUGAGUGUGACCUAUCCAAGUAUUGGGAGCUUGACAGUCAACCUGUCAUGACUGUCGGCUUGGUUCAAUGGGUUGCGAGGCAGACUACUGGCAUGGCAGACGGACUUGCUCUGAUUCACGAAUAUCCUGACCAAGUGGAUGGGACUCCUGAGAAUGCCGCAAGAUAUGGGCGCCAUGGAGAUAUUAAGCCAGCAAAUAUCUUGUGGUUUAAGGACUUGUCAGACAAUCGGGGAACUCUGGUUAUAUCCGACUUCGGCCUCGGUGAUUUUUACUACGGAGCUAUCCGAUCGGGAAUACCGAGCUCCGACAUCGCGCGAACACCCUCCUACAGACCACCGGAGUGCGAUGUAGAAGGUGCCAGUAUAUCAAGAUCCUGUGACAUCUGGACACUUGGAUGUGUUUAUGUGGAGUUUGCGACGUGGCUUCUUGGUGGCUGGGAGCUCGUUGAGCAAUUCACCGAUUAUCGUCUGACAGGCAGCUCCAUAUGGGGUCAAACGUACAUGUCGGACCUGUUCUUUGACAUCGUCGACCUCCAUGCGACUGGAAACGAGGGCAUGGGUGCAAUGGUUAAGCCAGAGGUGACAAGGUGGUUUGAUGGUCUUCACAACCAUCGAAAGUGCACGAACUACAUCCAUGACCUUCUCAUCUUGGUUCAAAACGAGAUGCUGAUAGUCGAGUCCAUCAGCCGUAAACGCGCGACGUGCAAGGCGUGGCACGCGCAGAGCAACAUGCAUAUCGCCUUGGACGCAAAAAGGGAUGGGAAGCGCAUCCAGAACAUUUCGAUGUUUUCGAUGGUGUUCCUACCCAGCAUGUUCGUUGCCACCAUAUUUUCCACGGACUCCUUCAACUGGUUCCCACCUGAAGGACAGGCCAUUAUAUCGCCGUACUUCUGGGUUCUUAUUGUCUUCUCUGCCUGUCUCACUCUGUUCAUUCUGGGUGGGUACUACAUGCUGUCUAGUAGGGUACUGAGUCUAGCCAGACUCAAGCUGAAGUGUCCCUCAUCAUUCUCCCCGGUUUAA